AACUUCCAGCUUCUCUCUCUCUCUCUCUCUCUCUCCCCUUUGAUUCAAAGGGGAGAGGAGAGAGAAAGAGACAAAAGUAAAUGAAGGCUGGUGAAACAGUGACUUCGUGUCCUCCUACUUCUUCACUUCUUCUCAGCGCUGAUUGACUGCUUUCUUCAGUUUUCUGUGUGAAUCAUUUACUUUAUAUUUUCAGUUGAAUUUUUCUGCUGGUUGCGAUCUUACCGUUCUCUCCCACAUCAAAUGCUGACGAAUUUCUCCAUAUUUUGUUUCAACUUUGCUGUUUCCUCGGUUUCCAACAGUUAAGUUAUACUCUAGCAUCCUUUUUCCUGCUGCUCCCCACUGCUCAGAGGACACCCGUGUUUCAUUCCUUUCCCUUGUGGGGAAGAGAAGUUCGAGGGCCCUGCUAACUUCAGGAUGAAUUUGGGACUGCAAGAAUUGGCUCUUUGAGACAUGAUUGUCUCACACUGAAUGUGGUUAGAACCUGGUACCAAGUAACUCCAACAUAUCUGUAAUUUAUCAGCUCGAAACGGAUGGAGGACUCAUCAUCCCAGCCUGACACUAGCAAGAAUAACAAGAAUGAGGCAGGACCACUGAUGAGACUUCUCCUACAAGCGAAGGAUAAAAAAAUUGCCCAAAGUCCGAUGGCAGUGGAAAAGAAAGAACCAGAUAAUGCCCAGAGUUCAACAGCAGUUGAAAAGAAAGAACCUGAGAAGGAUCUUAACUGCUACUUACCACUAUACAAAGCUGCUCUAAAUGGUGAUUGGGAGAGUGCCAGAAACUUCUUCGACCAGGAUCCUGAUGCUGUCACUGCUAAAAUUACCAAGGUCUCAGAGACAGCACUGCACAUUGCAGUUGGGACAGGAAAGGCGAAAAAUUUUGUUAAGGAAUUGCUAGAGUUGAUACCAACAGAGGCACUUGCAACUUUGCGGGAUCAGGCUGGUCAGACAGCCCUCCACUAUGCUGCGAUAUUUGGCAAUGUUGAGGCAGCAAAGCUAUUAGUGUCUAAAGAUCCGGGCUUGACAAAUACGCCGAGCAAUACAUUCCUUCUGCCUAUACAUUUGGCUGCUCUUUAUGCCAACAAGGAUAUGGUUUCUUAUUUAUUAACUGUCACCAGAGAUGAUAUUGAUCCAAAUCCCUUUGCAGAUAAAUCUGGUGUAGAUCUUCUGAAUCUUGUUAUUCUUGCUGAAUUCUAUGAUUUGGCUCUUUACCUGGUGCAGCUUUACCCUAAUUUAGCUACAUUGAGAUCACCUGCUGGUAACAGUGCCCUGAAUAUGAUAGCUGGAAAAUCUUCUGCAUUCUUGAGAAGAAGUUCCCUUUCCUUUUUGCAGCGAUUCAUAGAUUCAUGUCUUCCUGCAAAGUUUGGCAAUAUAUAUAGCCAAGACGAAAGUGUCAAAGGAAAUCCAGCUGUUUCCACACUAACUGCUUCCAAACGCUACUGUGCUCCAUUUCUUCAACAGCUCAGUUUUCCUGGAUGCCAGAAGCUGCAUUGGGUACUUUGGAAAGUUAUCGAACAUAUAGCACCGCAGGCCAGGUUCAUUCGAGACAAAAGAAUGAUGCAUUGUCAAACUCUUCAACUCAUAAAAUGCCUGUGCAAAGAGAUUACGGGUUUAGAUUACUCAACAGCUGCAUCGAUGUUUGAAACACCGAUUCUUUUUGCUGCAAGUUUGGGAAACCAUGAGAUUGUAGAGGAGAUUGUGGAGUCUUUUCCUCCUGCAAUUUGGUCAAGAAAUAGAAUGGGACAAAAUAUAUUUCUACUAGCAGUUGCAAAUCGCCGGGAGAAUGUUUUCAACCUCUUGUAUCAAAUGAGCGAACAUAAAAGAUUGGCCACACAGCUUCGAGAUGUCGAGGGAAACAACAUUUUGCACCUGGCUGGAAAGUUGGCACCUCCAGCUCAACUCAAUCUUGUCUCUAGUGCAGCUCUACAAAUGCAGCGUGAAUUACAGUGGUACAAGGAAGUGGAAACUUUUGUCCUUCCAGACUUUAAGGACAGCAAAAAUUCCAAGAGACGAACGCCCGCUGUUGAAUUUUCCGUGGAGCACAAAGACUUGAUCAAAGAGGGGGAGAAAUGGAUGAAAGACACAGCAAAUUCUUGCACUGUUGCAGCAGCUCUGAUUGCUACAAUUGCUUUUGCAGCUUCCAUUACUGUACCGGGUGGUAACAAUGGCGAUAGCGGCUUCCCCAUCUUCUCCAAUAACCCAGCAUUCAAUAUAUUUGCCCUUUUUGAUGCCCUGUCUCUGUUUUCAUCAACUGCUUCCAUGUUAAUGUUCUUGUCGAUCCUUACUGCUCGUUAUGCAGAAGGUGACUUUCUAUACUCCCUUCCAAAAAGGUUAAUAAUUGGGCUUGUCACCUUAUUCCUUUCCAUAACCUCGAUGAUGAUAGCAUUCAGCGCAACCCUCUACCUUGUGUUUGGCCAAAAAAAGGCGUGGACUCUUAUUCCAGUAGCUGCAUUGGCCUGUCUACCUGUAACCUUAUUUGUGACGCUGCAAUUUCCUCUUCUUGUGGGCAUCGUUCGCUCCACCUACUUUCCAGGAAUGUUUGGCAAGCGUGGUGAACGUGUCCUCUUUUAGAGUUGAGAAAGUGAACAAGGCUGCACUUUGUGAAUAUGUCCAGGUAUUGUCUUGGCAUAUGAAGCAGAGAUAAGGAGAAGUGUGUGUAUUUUCAUAGUUUACAGGGACAAAAUGUUGCUACGUUUGUCGUUGAUGGGAUCAAUAAUAACGUUCAUCCCAAAUUGUUACGAGACAAAAUGAAAAAUUUUGUACUAUGUUUGUAUAAUUAAUGAUAUUCCUUUUUUUUUUUUAA